AUGAGAAAAACAUACAACAGUGAGGAUUCGCUGGUGGUCACCCACCCAACUACUAACUCACCGGCGUGUGGCUUAAGUACGGCUGAGCGGACGGGAAGCCCUGUUUUCCACACCCUAUGGUCCAAGUCCACACCAGCUACACAAAACCUCGACCACUUCGACCACAAUUGCGACUUGAUAUAUUUCUCAACAAUAACCGAAACUAAAAUUCCCAAGUAUGCCAAAGAGCAGCCCGUCAGCUUCAAGAACGCCUUCGAGAAACUCGCCAUUAUUGGCGCUGGGGGCAUCAUUGGAUCGCUCAUCGCGGCUGCCCUCCUUGAAACUGGAAAGCACACUGUUGCGCGCGUCCUAGGCAAACGUGACGGCGCUAGGCAAGGUGCCUUUGAAUCUGUCGUAGAUGCAUGCAAUUGA